GGGACGCCGCGGAGCUGGGAGCCGACCCUGAGCUCAUCUUUCGUAGGGAGAGCUGAGUUCUGGGGGCGCCAGAGCCGGAGGCGGAGACGUGAAGUCAGGGCUGAGUGGGCGGAAGAGAGCCUCGGCUGAGACAUGGCCACCAAUCACCCAAGAGGACACGUGCAACUGCCCCGAGCUGAUGCCAUUCGUUCACGUCUCAUUGAUACUUUCUCUCUCAUCGAGCAUCUGCAAGGCUUGAGCCAAGCUGUGCCACGACACACUCUCCGAGAGAUAGUUGAUCCUUCCGGUCAGAAGAAGGUUAUGUUGGGAGAUCAACACCAGCUUGUGCGCUUCUCCAUAAAGCCUCGACAUGUAGAACGAAUUACACAUGGCCGGAGGCUGAUGAGCAGGCUUCGAGUGCGCUGCAGUCAGAGGCCACCUCUUUCCUUGUGGGCUGGAUGGGUCCUUGAGUGUCCUCUCUUCACAAACUUCAUCAUCUUUCUCAUCUUUUUGAAUACAAUUGUACUGAUGGUUGAAAUAGAAUUGCUUGAAUCCUCAAACACCAAAUUGUGGUCACUCAAGCUGACUCUGGAGGUGGCAGCUUGGUUCAUCUUGCUUAUUUUCAUCUUGGAGAUCCUUCUAAUGUGGAUAUCCAGCUUUUUCCUCUUCUGGAAGAAUGCCUGGAAUGUCUUUGACUUUGUUGUCACCGUAUCGUCCCUGCUUCCUGAGGUUGUGGUGCUGGUAGGGGUAACAGGCCAGUCUGUGUGGCUCCAGUUGCUGAGGAUCUGCCGGGUGCUAAGAUCUCUCAAACUCUUUGCACGAUUCCGUCAAAUUCGAGUCAUUAUUUUGGCCCUGGUGAGGGCUCUCAAGAGCAUGACCUUCCUCUUGAUGUUGCUGCUCAUCUUCUUCUACAUUUUUGCUGUGACUGGUGUCUACUUCUUUGAGGAUUUCACCCGUUCAACUCGCCAGGACCUGAAGUACCACAUGUUCUUCUCGGACCUGCUGAAUUCCCUAGUGACAGUGUUCAUCCUCUUCACCAUGGACCAUUGGUACGCACUGCUUCAGGAUACCUGGAAGGUGCCCGAAGUCAGCCGUGCCUUCAGCAGCAUCUAUGUCAUCCUUUGGUUGUUACUUGGUUCCAUUAUCUUUCGAAACAUUAUAGUAGCUAUGAUGGUUACUAAUUUCCAGAAUAUCAGGAAUGAGCUGAAUGAGGAGAUGACACAUCUGGAGGUUCAGCAUAAAGCCGACAUAUUCAAGCGGCAGAUUAUCCAGAGGAGACAAAACCUGUCCCCUGAAGCAAUGAGGUCAAGCCUAAGCAAAGUGGAUGCCAGAGAUGCCAGCCAACAAAGAGAAUCUUUGGACUUAUCAAAAGCUUUUGAAGAAGAGUCUAAACACAGUGCUGAUGAAGAGGGUUCAAGAACAUCUGCACCGAAAAUAAAAGAUUCCUUGUCAAAAAUGAAAAAGUCCUCAUCUUCCUCCUCCUCCUCUUCCUCCUCAUCUUCAUCUUCCUCCUAUUCCUCUUCUUCUGAGUCCAGAUAUUUAGACUCCAUUGGUCAGUUGGACUGGGAGACUCAUGUGCACCAGAAUCUGCCUGGGCUAAUGGAAAUGGAUCAGGAUGACCGUGUCGUUUGGCCUAGAGAUUCACUCUUCCGAUAUUUUGAAUUGCUAGAAAAACUUCAGUAUAACUUAGAGGAGCGUAAGCGGUUGCAGCAGUUUGCAGUGCAGGCACUGAUGAACUUUGAAGACAAAGAAAGCUGA